GCUGCACUGCCUGUUCCAACGUUGUGCCUCACACAUGAGUUAAACCCCGUGCCGCGGAGCAUUAUCGCCGUGUGUUGUUUCAUCGUCCAACCGAGAGCCGAUGCGCCACACGUUCUCUUGACAUUUUGCCGUCGAACAAUCAGCAAAGGUGCCGCGUCACCUGCGCUUUUACGAGGCUCUCUCGCUCUGUGCUGGAAACACAAUAAUCAAAGCAUUUUUUUUUUGUUUGUCUGUUUUCAUAGAAAGUGUUUUGGCUGUGCACUUCAAAUGCCGUCCUACGGCAACAUGAUGGAUCGUGCGGAUGGGGCAGCAGCUGCUGCAUCACAGUUUAGUCCUCUGCAGCCUUUCUUCCUCGGCCCCGUCCCGCCCCAGCCGCCAUCUCCAUCGCCACCACAACCACCACAACCGCAGCGCUCCAUCCUCGAGAUGCUUCCGGACGAAACGAUGAUUCCUUCGCUACUCGUUCUCUUUCUAGCCAGCCUAAGUCUCACGCUCACCAACGCCCUCUUCAACCUCUUCGCACAGCGCGACCGCAGCGUGACGGACACCUUCCGGCAGUGGAGCCGCGUGCUGUGGAUGAGCCGUGCGGCCCACAUCGUCGAGGCCCCGUCAUCCGCCGAGGCCCACCGCCUCACCCACACGCGGCACAUCGUUGCAGUCUCCGUGCAGCACACGCCGCUGAUGUCGCCGGUCGAGCUCUACGACAGCGCAGCUUUUUUUCGCGGCAUCGCGGCGCCCGGCGCGGACCCGGAGGAUCCUUCCUUCGCCAUCGAAAGCCUCGCACGCGCGCAGACCGCCGGGCCGGCGUCUUUUAUGGCGGGCAGUCAGACAGUGACCGUACCAGCGGCGGAGAUGGCGGCCGUCUAUCAAAGCGAGAACCCGUCUCCCCCUGUCCCUGCCCCUGUCGUCACGGAGGCCCUGACCAACACGAUGGAGGCUGUCCGUCUUGAGAUUCAGCGCCUCAUCUUUCGUUUUCACCCCUACUACAUCAUUCUGUGCUCCAUCAAAGCAUGCGCGAUGCUGCUGUACAUCCAAUACCACUUUGACUCGAUUGAUGGCGGGUGGCGACGCCUCUGCGUGUGUGGCGCGGCGAACAUCUUCUCUGGACUACUGACCUCUGUGUGGGAGUACCUCAACGUUAUACUGCUGCCGCUCGACCGCGACCGUGCGAAGACGGCCGCUGUGAAGGUGGACGAGGGGAAGAAGGACUCCGUCUUUAUUGUCGAGCUGCUGUUCCGCAUUAGCAGCCUGGAGCUGGAUGACCUGCCGACGGUGUUGACGCAAGGCUCCAGCUUUGUGGCCUUCGCCGCGGUGCUGGUGCCGAUGCUGCUGGUGUUUUGUGUUCGAGGCCUGGCCCAGUACUGCUGGGUGUACGUCCCUCUGUUGCUUGUGUACGCGCUGGUGCGCCACCUGUACUACCGCGGGGCCGGCGCACCGCCCUCGUCCACCGCACGCAACGCCAAUGCGGUUUUCGGCAUGACGAGCGAGAUGGUGAAGGCGUUUUUGUUGAAGACGUUCACCUUCUUUGUGGUGCUCGUCACGGUGCAGUCGGCGUUCCUGUUGGGCCUGGCAGGCGCAGAGAACGCGUCGUACGACGGCGCCUUGCAUUACGUUAAGGAACACCAGGUGGGCUUGCACCGUAGCAAUUUUGCGUCCACGUUUCAAAAGCUGUGUCUGUUGAGCCAACUGUUUUUGUAA